UCUGCGUGUGGACGGUGGAAGGUGUAAACGCAUCGCCUCUCGAUUUUAUAUUAUCGUGAGAUUGAUGUAUUUCAGUUGCAGGCAGUGAUGGGUCGCUCCCCCGAGUCUCGCACGUCCCGGCGGCCGGGCGACCGGUCGCGUGACUCUCGGUCGGCCAGCCCGCCGCACCGCGGCCGGCCUAGCUCCUCGCGCCGGCCGCUGUCGCGGGACCGCAGCCGGGAGAGGCGGCGCGGCGGCGACGGCCGGUCCGAGCCGCGCCGGCGAGAAGACGUCGAUUCCACGUCACGUGCACGGAGGAAGUCGGCCUCACCUCAGAGAACACGGAGAAGGGAGAAGUCAGCGUCCCCCGGGAGAACUCGGCGAAGAGAGAAGUCAACGUCCCCCAGGGGAUCCCGGCAAAAGGAUAAAAAGAAGUCAAAGAAAAGCGAAAAGUCACGCAAAAGGUCGUCCUCGUCAUCGAGCGCCACGUCCGGCUCGGACCGCUCAGCCAGUCCGGGCGCCGUGCUCACCAUGCUGGAGCAGGAGCGCGCGCGCAAGAAGGCUGAGCGGCGCCGCCAGAAGGAGGCGCUCAAGGCGCGCGAGACGCCCGAGGAGAAGCGGCUCCGGCGUCGCCUCAAACGCGCCGACAAGGAGCGACGCCAGAAGGAGCGCAUGGGAUGGGAUCAGGAGUACCUGCAUUACACCAACGACGACAACCCGUUCGGCGACAGCAACCUGCUGGAGACGUUCCGCUGGAACAAGAAGCUGCAGAAGGAAGGCCUGACCGACGUGCCCGACGAGGAGCUAGAGAAGAUGAAUCGCAAGAAGAUGGAGGAGAACAAGCGGGAGCUGGAAAAGGUGAAGGCGCGUCGGCUGGAGCGCGAGCGCGAACGAGCCGAACGAGAUCAGGAGAUGGCGCUGCUGCAGAGCAAGCAGGAGGCCGAGCAUUUUCGCGAGUGGGAGAAGCAAGAGGACCAGUUCCACCUGCGCCAGUGCAGCAUGCGCUCCCGCAUCCGCAUCCAGGAGGGGCGCGCCAAGCCUAUCGACCUGCUAGCCAAGUACAUCAGCUCCGCCGAGGAGCUGGAUGCCGUAGAGGUGCACGAGCCCUACACGUACCUGGUGGGUCUGUCGAUCGCCGACCUGGAGGACCUGCAGGAGGACAUCCGCGUGUAUGGAGAGCUCGAGCGCGGCGAGAACCUCGACUUCUGGAACGACGUCACCGUCAUCGUCGAGGACGAGCUGCAGAAGCUGCGCAAGCUGGACCGGCAGGCGCGCCAGCAGGCAUCCAUGGGCCGCCGCGAGGGCAUCCACGACGCGGUGAUCAGUGACGUCACGGACGUGUUCCGCGGGAAGACGGCCGAGCAGCUGGCCACGCUGCAGACGCAGAUCGAGACCAAGCUGAAGAACACGCUGGAAGGUGUUGACGUCGGCUAUUGGGAGUCGCUGCUUACACAACUGAAAGCGCACCUGGCGCGGGCGCGGCUGCGGGACCGGCAUCAGGCUCACCUGCGGGAGAAGCUGCGCCUGCUCAAGGUCACGCAGGGCGGCCGAGCGCUGGCCGCCGCGGAGGGGGCGCCGGAGGAGGAGGAGCCCGAGCUGCAGCACGCCUUCGUCAGGCCGGCUCCGGUAACCUCUGACGGCGCCGAGGAGGCGGAGGAUGACCUGGUGACCUCCUGCCUGCGGGAGUACGCCAGUGGCCGGUACUCGCCGCCUCUGCUGACCGCUGACCAGCUGGAGCCGGGCACACUGGUGGCGGAUCCUGGCGAGGACGGACAGCGGCUGCGGUACGCCCGCAGCAUGGUCCAGAACCAGGGCAGGAGGGUGGAGUCGGCGGCCACAGCCGAGGAGAAGGCUCUGCAGCAGGAGGCCAAGAAAGGAAUGGGCUCCGACGAGGCGCGCUUCUCCGUGGAGACUGACCUUGGCCAGCAGACUCAUCUCUGGUCGGACAAGUACCGGCCCAGAAAGCCCCGCUACUUCAACAGAGUGCAUACGGGCUUUGAGUGGAACAAGUACAACCAGACGCAUUACGACAUGGACAACCCUCCUCCGAAGAUCGUGCAAGGUUACAAGUUCAACAUAUUCUACCCGGAUCUGAUCGACAAGAGCAAAACGCCGGAAUACACACUGACCGUGUGCUCCGACAACAAGGACUUCGCCAUUCUGCGCUUCCACGUGGGCCCUCCGUACGAGGACAUCGCCUUCAAGAUCGUGAACCGGGAGUGGGAGUACUCGUACCGCCGCGGCUUCCGCUGCCAGUUCCACAACAACAUAUUCCAGCUGUGGUUCCACUUCAAACGCUACCGAUACCGCCGCUGAGGGGCCGAGGCGCCUCGCGUCUGUCUACCGACGUUUCCAGCCAGACAGGUCCGGCCCUGUUUUAUGGGAAGUGUUGUAGUGCUGUGGUGCGCUGCACGCGCGCCUCGGAAACGAGUUUUUGUCGAUGUUGAGCCAUAUU